AUGAAGGAUCAAGGUUAUAUACCAGGACUUGGUGCUAGUAACGUUGAUGAAUUGAAAGAAAAAUUAAAAGAUGAAUUAGAAAAAACUCGUAAAGAGUUGAAUAAAAUCGAUCCAUUAAAAGAAUUGGAAGAAUAUGAAAGAAAACAAGCUAUAGAAGCACAAGAGAAGAAGGCACACGAAAAUAAAUUAAGAAAAGGUAGAGAUCCAACUGCUCCUGAAAAACCAUACAAAACAUUAAGCUCAUUCGUCGAUGUUGAAAAAAUAUCAGAAUUACCGUUAAAAGAAUUGGAAUAUAUAUGGAGAGCAAGAUUUGCAAAACAUGACAAUGCGUUGAUCUCAUUAGUUCCAGGUGAAGUUUUUGAUAAAUUGUACAAAAAUGCUAGAGAAAAUCCAACUUUUGUAUUACCUUUACCAAGAGAAGGUGAAGGAUUUGAUUUACAUUAUAUUCAAUGGCAAUUUGUUGGUCCAAAUACAGUCCAUUGUAUGUUUACCACAUUAAUGGAGUUUAAAGUUCAUAAGGAAUUUGCUAGACCACAUACUUCAAUCAUUUUCCAUACUGAAUUGAAAGAUGAUAAAGACGUUGUUUUGAUGAAUGGUACUGUGGAGAAAGAUGCAGCAGUCAAAUUACCAGAAUCUCAACUUUUAUUACUGAAUGUUCAAAGAUUUUAUGGUGUGUUAGCUGAAACUGAAGCUUCAAAACGUCGUUUACAGCUAUUGAAAGACUUCACUUCAGGAUCUUCAAAUUUCACAGUUGAAGCAUUAUUAGCUGAAGCUCAAUCCCUAGAAAAUUAG